ACAGGCCUUUAUACCAAGUGUCAGCACACGUCCAACAGCAGCUCCAUCACUGAGUUCCUCCUCCUGCCAUUUGCAGACACACGGGAGCUGCAGCUCCUGCACUUCGCGCUCUUCCUGGGCAUCUACCUGGCUGCCCUCCUGGGCAAUGGCCUCAUCCUCACAGCUGUAGCCUGCGACCACCGCCUCCACACCCCCAUGUACUUCUUCCUCCUCAACCUCUCCUUCCUCGACCUGGGCUGCAUCUCCACCACUCUCCCCAAAGCCAUGGCCAAUUCCCUCUGGAACACCAGGGCCAUUUCCUAUGCAGGAUGUGUUGCACAGAUCUUCAGGGUCGUGCUGAGGAUGCCUUCUGAGCAGGGCCGGCACAAAGCCUUUUCCACAUGCCUCCCUCACCUGUUUGUGGUCUCCCUGUUUCUCAGCACUGGCUUUUUUGCCUACCUGAAGCCCUCCUCCAUCUCAUCCCCAUCCCUAGAUCUGGUGGUGGCAGUUCUCUAUUCAGUCAUACCCCCAAUAUUCAAUCCUCUCAUCUACAGCAUGAGGAAUGAGGAGCUCAAGUGUGCUAUCAGGAAA